CUCGCAGAGGACGACCUCCCUCCUGAAAAUCCAGUUCUUAGAAAACAGCUCAGGUAGGGAAAGAUGCCGGCCAUACAGAAGCCCAUGAGGUACGGACAUACAGAAGGACACACCGAAGUCUGCUUUGAUGAUUCUGGAAGUUUUAUUGUGACUUGUGGAAGUGAUGGUGAUGUGAGGAUGUGGGAAGAUUUGGACGACGACGAUCCUAAGUCCGUUAAUGUUGGAGAAAAGGCAUUUUCAUGUGCUUUGAAGAAUGGGAAAUUGGUCACUGCAGUUUCUAACAAUACCGUCCAAGUCUAUACAUUCCCUGAAGGAGCACCCGAUGGUAUAUUAACACGCUUCACUACAAACGCAAACCAUGUGGUCUUCAAUGGGGACGGCACUAAAAUUGCUGCUGGGUCAAGUGAUUUUCUGGUCAAAGUCGUGGAUGUGAUGGAUAACAGCCAGCAGCAAACAUUUCGAGGACACGACGCCCCUGUUUUAAGUCUGUCUUUUGAUCCUAAGGAUGUCUUUCUGGCAUCAGCUAGUUGUGAUGGAACCGUCAGAGUGUGGAAUAUAUCUGAUCAGACUUGUGCUGCUAGCUGGCCGGUACUGCGAAAGAGCAAUGAUGUGGUGAACUCGGAGUCCAUCUGCAGACUCGCAUGGCAGCCCAAGACCGGGAAGUUUCUAGCAGUUCCUGUUGAAAAAUCUGUUAAGCUGUACAGAAGAGAAACUUGGAGUAAUCCGUUUGACCUUUCAGACAGUUCUGUCACCCAGACACUCAAUAUCGUGACCUGGUCUCCCUGUGGGCAGUAUUUGGCUGCAGGUGCUAUUAAUGGCUUAAUUGUAGUUUGGAAUGUGGAAACCAAAGAGUGCAUGGAAAGAGUAAAACACGAGAAAGGUUAUGCAAUCUGCGGCCUGGCCUGGCAUCCUACCUAUAGUCGGAUAUGUUACACUGAUGUGGAAGGAAACCUGGGAAUCCUGGAAAAUGUUUGUGACCUCAGUGGGAAGUUGUCAAGCAAUAAGGUACCUAGUGGAGUGGAAAAGGAUUACAGCGAUCUCUUUGAUGGAGACGACACGAGCAGUGCCGGCGAUUUUCUGAAUGACAACGCGGUUGAGAUCCCUUCAUUUUCAAAGGGGAUUAGAAACGAGGAGGAUGAUAAUGAUGACCUCAUGCUGGCGGCAGAUCAUGUCUUGGGAGAUGAUGAAAACUCAGUUGAUGUUACAAUGCUAAGAAAUGAUCUUCAUAGAGAGGAAGGGGAAGAUCGCCAGGCAAGCAGUCUUCACAGUCUCCCCCUUGUGAAAUCCCAAAGGCCGCUUUAUGACGGGCCCAUGCCAACACCGAGACAGAAGCCGUUCCAGCCAAGUUCUACACCCUUGCAUCUCACUCACAGAUUCAUGGCGUGGAACUCUGUUGGGAUUAUUCGCUGCUAUAACGAUGAUCAAGACAGUGCCAUAGACGUGGAGUUCCAUGACACCUCCAUCCAUCAUGCAACCCAUCUAUCCAAUGCUUUCAACUACACCAUGGGCAGUCUUUCCCACGAAGCUGUUCUGUUGGCUUGUGAAAGUGCCGAUGAAUUAGCAAGCAAGCUUCACUGCUUGCACUUCAGUUCUUGGGAUUCAAGCAAAGAGUGGAUAGUAGAUAUGCCUGAGAAUGAGGAUAUCGAAGCCAUAUGUCUCGGGCUGGGCUGGGCCGCCGCUGCUACCUCUGCCCUGCUCCUCCGACUGUUUACUAUUGGAGGCGUUCAGAAGGAAGUCUUCUGCCUUCCUGGACCUGUGGUGUCCAUGGCGGGACACGGAGAACAGCUUUGCAUUGUUUAUCACAGAGGUACAGGGUUCGAUGGAGAUCAGUGCCUUGGAGUUCAACUGCUAGAGCUGGGGCGGAAGAAAAAACAGGUUUUGCAUGGUGACCCUCUUCCUCUUACAAGGAAAUCCUACCUUACAUGGCUGGGGUUUUCUGCUGAAGGUACCCCCUGCUACGUGGACUCCGAAGGCUGUGUGCGAAUGCUUAACAGAGGACUUGGGAAUACAUGGACUCCUGUAUGUAACAUCAGAGAGCACUGCAAAGGAAAGUCUGAUCACUACUGGGUGGUUGGCAUUCAUGAGAACCCCCAGCAGCUAAGGUGCAUCCCUUGUAAAGGUUCUCGGUUUCCUCCCACCCUUCCACGACCUGCUGUAGCAAUAUUACCUUUUAAACUUCCUUAUUGUCAGACUUCAACAGAGAAAGGCCAAAUGGAGGAACAAUUUUGGCAUUCGGUUCUGUUUCACAACUACCUUGAUUACUUGGCUGAAAAUGGUUAUGAUUAUGAGGAGAGCAUUAAAAAACAGGCAGUAAAAGAGCAGCAGGAACUCUUAAUGAAGAUGCUUGCGCUGUCUUGUAAACUGGAACGAGAAUUCCGCUGUGUGGAACUUGCAGAUCUAAUGACUCAAAAUGCUGUGCAUUUAGCCAUUAAAUAUGCUUCUCGCUCUCGGAAAUUAAUAUUGGCUCAAAAACUUAGUGAACUUGCCGCAGAAAAGGCAGCCGAGUUGGCAGAAAUCCAGACAGAAGAGAGAGAAGAGGAUUUCAGAGAAAGACUGAAUGCUGGUUACAGCCAUACCACUACAGAGUGGAGUCAGCCACGGGUCAGAAGUCAAGUUGAAGAAGAUGCUGAGGACAGAGAAGACACCGUUUCAGAAGGAAAUCCAGAGCCACAGAACCAUGUUAUAGGGCAGAACUUAAUCCAAAGUGCAAAUUCCUCUGAUACCCCAGCUAUGAAAUCAGGUGCAGUUUUCUCUAGCAGCCAAGGACGGGUAAACCCCUUCAAGGUACUAGUCAGUUCCAAAGAACCAGCCGUCUCAGUGAAUGCAACACGCUCAGCUAAUAUUUUAGACAAUAUGAACAAAUUAUCCAGGAAGUCCACUUCUUUUAAUCGAGUAGCAAAUAAUGAAAAGUCUCCAGUUAUAAAGCCUCUCAUUCCCAAGCCAAGGUGUAAGCAGGCGUCUGCAGCAUCCUAUUUCCAGAAAAGAACCUCACAGGCCGAGAAGACUGAAGAAGUAAAAGAAAAUCCUAAAAGUUCGUCAUCUGAAGCUCCAGCCGUGUGCCUUCAAAACUCAGAAGUCCAAAGGCCGAAGACCGGGUUCCAGAUGUGGCUGGAGGAAAAUAGAAGUCAUAUUAUGUCCGACAACCCUGACAUUUCAGAUGAAGCAGAUAUAAUAAAAGAGGGGAUGAUCCGAUUUAGAGUACUGUCCGCCGAAGAAAGGAAGCAGAUGGAAAGAAGGCUUUUGUACUGGAGAAGAUAAGCGGAUUUACUACGGAGAACCAGAGGCGCGCAUUCCAACACUCCUGGGUUCCGGGAGCAAGAUGAGGUGAACCGGGUGCCGAAUGCCGUUUGAACUGAGGAUUUGGAAAAAUCAUGAGGAUUUGAUCAAAGGAUCUUACACCGGUUAGGUUUAUGUCAAUUUGACACAAGCUCUGGAAUGAAUGAGAGGAGGGAUCUUCAAUUGAGAAAUGCCUCAUAGACGGAGCCAAAGGCAAGCCUGUAGGGCAUUUCCUUAAAGGGUGAUCAGUGGGGGAGGGCCCAGCUCUUUGUGACCGAUCGCCCUGGGUUCUAUAAGAAAGCAGGCAGAGCAAGCCACCAAGCAGCACUGAUCUAGGGCGUCUGCACCAGCUCCUGCCUUCAGGUUCCUGCCCUGCUUGGGUUCCUGCCCUGACCUCCUUCAAUGAUGACCAACAGUUCACCUGGCAUGGUGGUUUAAAGAGAACAGAGCAAUAGGCUCGUGUUUGAAGACUUAGUUGACAGUAGGACAUUUUGGGAUAGAUUAGGAGAUGUGUCCUUGUUGGAGUAGAUGUAUUCUUGUUGGAGAAAGAAUAUCUCUGUGGAGUGAGCUUUGAGGUUUCAAAAGCCCAUACCAGGCUCUCUCUCUCUCCCUCUCUCCUCCUCCCUUUCCCUCUUCCUUUCCUCCUCCCCUUUCCCCUCCCCUUCCCCCCCUUUUCUUCUCUCCUCCCCCUCGACCUCCCCAUCUCUGUCCUGUGCCUGGGGAUUAGGAUGUAAAGUUCCAGCACCUUGGCUGUCUGCUUCUCACCACUGUUGUGUUUAUAAAAAGAAAAAGAGAGACGGGAUUGUGUUCUAUGAAGGUGUGAUGAGGUAUGAGGAAAAGGGGUGCCUCUGUGCACCCACGAGGAGGCACUCCUUCCCCCUGAGGGUAUAGUAGAGAAGAGCAUUUAUUCAGGGCAUGGGGAGGGCAGUUAAGAGGGCAGUAGGGGCAGCGGGAGAAAGAGGGAAGGGGAGAGAGAGAGAGAGAGAGAGAGAGAGAGAGAGAGAGAAGGAGGAGGAGGAGGAGGAGGAGGAGAAGAAGAAGAAGAAGGAGGAGAAGGAGAAGGAGAAGGAGAAGGAGAAGGAGAAGAAGAAAAGAAGAAGAAGAAGAAGAAGAAGAAGAAGAAGAAGAAGAAGAAGAAGAAGAAGAAGAAGAAGAAGAAGAAGAAGAAGAAGAAGAAGAAGAAGAAGAAGAGACGUAGAGUUAGAGGCCGGCCAUGAUCAUAUGGAGAGAAGUGGGGGAGAGAAUGGGGAGAGAGGGUACAAAGGGGGAAAAGGGUAAGAGCAAGAGAGAGCAAAAGAGCAGCAAGAGAGUGAGGAGGGGGCAAGCAGUAUCUUUUAUAGUGUCAGGCAUGCCUGGCUGUUGCCAAGUAACUGUGGGGGCGGAGCAUACCUGGCUGUUGCCAGGUAACUGUGGGGGUGGAGCUUAGAAUGCUAACAACCAUGAUGAUCAUGAACUUAUCCCUGAAAAUGUAAGGAAGCACCCAAUUAAAUGCUUUUUUUUGAAGUAAGAG